CGCGGCUGGCUCGCCUUCGAACGCUCGCACGCUCGCCCGCUCCCUCCCUCGCCCGCGCGCGCCUCGGAGAUUGGGGCGGGUUGUCCCUCCGCGGCCACCGUUCGGGCCUAGCGCGCCUCCGUCACAGGCUCUUCUCGAGCGCCGUCCGCCCCUCCUCCUCCGUUUUUUUUCCUUUCCCGCCCGCCCCUGCGGAGACCUUUGACCUCCCCUCCGGUUGUUAUGUCGGGCCUCCGCCGCCGCCGCAUUCCUUAACGCGCGCGCCCGCGGGGUCGCCUCAGCUGCCGCCUCCUCUCCCGUCGACUUCGCGCUUCCCCUCAGCCGCCCGGGGCGCGCGCCCACACCCUGCCCCCCGCCCGCGCCGCGCCCGAGUAACGGUCGCUCCUCGCCCGGCGCGCUCCCGUCGCUGCCCGCGGCCUGCUCGGAGUCCCCGUCGCGCGCCCAGCCCGCCCGGAGGAAGAUGAAGGAGAUGAAGCAGCGCAGGAAGAAGGAGCGCACGUGGGCCGAGGCCGCCCGCCUGGUGCUGGAAAACUAUUCUGAUGGACCCAUGACCCCAAAACAGAUUCUGCAGGUUAUAGAAACUGAGGGCCUGAAAGAAAUGAGUGGCACAUCUCCGUUGGCCUGCCUGAAUGCAAUGCUUCACUCCAAUUCACGGAGCUGUGAUGGGCUUUUCUAUAAACUUCCUGGGCGGAUUAGCCUAUUUACUCUCAAGAAAGCCGCUGCGCAGUGGUCUCGGACCCUCGCUGGGCCCGAAGGGGAAGAGCUGGACGAUGCCGAGAGCAGCGGUUCCAAUGAAGCUGCCAGCACCGUGAGUGGGGAUAACGAUGUUUCUCUCGAUGAAACCUCUUCAAACGCCUCCUGUUCCACGGAGUCCCAGAGCAAGAGUGCGCUGGCUGCCCGAGAGAGCACUAGGACAGCGUCCCAGGUGAGCAAGCAGAAGAAAAAGACAGGCAUGAUGCUUCCCCGUGUGGUUUUGACUCCCCUGAAAGUAAAUGGGGCCCAUAUGGAAGCCUCCUCAGGGUUUGCGGGGAAGCAAGUUGGUGACGAGCGCAGCAGCAGCAGCAGCAGCAGCUUGUCGGUUUUGCCCGGCACACUUUGUGGCCGAACAGAAAUGGCUAGGGAAGGCCCGCAUCUGCUCCGGGGAGUCCGCAAGCCCUCAAGCGGACAGACGAAGAGGAACCGGGGGGAUGACAUAGACUUUGAGACGCCCGGCUCCAUCCUCGUGAACACAAACCUGCGAGCACUGAUCAAUUCCAGGACCUUCAAUGCCCUCCCCCUGCAUUUCCAGCAGCAGCUUCUGCUCCUCCUCCCUGAAGUGGACAGACAGGCCGGGGCAGACGGACUGCUGCGCCUUAGUGGGAGCGCUCUAAACAACGAGUUCUUCACCCAUGCUGCCCAGAGCUGGAGGGAGAGGCUGGCUGAUGGGGAGUUCACUCAUGAAAUGCAGGUUCGCAUAAGACAGGAAAUGGAGAGGGAAAAGAAGAUGGAACUGUGGAAAGAGAGGUUUUUUGAGGACUACUACGGGCAGAAGCUGGGGUUGACCAAGGAAGAGCAGAAUUCUGUGCCGAGCGAUGCGGAGAACAGCACCACGGCGGCCUCCCCAGAAGGACCUGCCAGGGCAUCGGGCACCCCCAUGGCCCACCAGCCUGAUGGGCGCCUCAGGAGGCGCUCGCUCCGCUGCCGAACGCGGAGGAGCUGGCACAAAUCGCACGAGCUGGAGCCGUCCGCGCCUUCCGAAGAGGCGCCGUCUGCAGAGGCUGCGCCCACCGAGGAGCAAGAGGCCACUCCGGCAGCGGACGCGUGCCGAGGAAGCCGGGCUCCUCCCCAGGCAGAGGCGGCCCCGGAGGCGACCAAGGCCCCGAGCGAGGCGGAUGACGCGGCAGCCGUGGCCCCGGACCGAAUUCCCAGCCCGCCUCUGGGGCCGCAGGAUCAGCCCAAGAGGAAGUGCUUCGAGCAGCCCGCCUCAGCCUCUUUCCCCGAGAAGAAGCCCCGGCUCGAGGACCGUCAGUCCUUUCGUAACACAAUUGAAAGUGUUCACCCAGAAAAGCCACAGCCCACCAAAGAGGAGCCCAAGGUCCCACCCAUCCGGAUUCAACUUUCCCGAAUCAAACCCCCCUGGGUGGUUAACGGUCAGCCGGCCUACCAGAUAUGUCCUCGGAUUAUCCCCAAUCCAGAGCCCGUCAGCCAGGACAGAAGUGGGACCCCGGCCCCUGCUGACUUUAAGGCCUGUCCUCUGCAAGGCCGAGCCCAGCGAGCGGCUGCUGCUCCUGCCUCCACCAUUGGGGGUGGGGGUGGGCCCGGCGGAGGCGGAAGGAGCCCAGGCGAAAGUGGCGGCCGGGUCCGGCAGCCCAGGAGCCACCGCUCCAGGCACUGGCGGUCAAAGGGAACCCGCGGGAAGCGCGUGCCAGAUUUACAGCGAACACAGUUACUGCCGCCUUCCCACCUAGGAGCAGAGACGGGCUUGGAGGAGCUCGCAGUGGGCGUGCCUUCGUGUGGGACGGAGCCCGCGGUGGAAGGAGCUCCCAGGCGUGGAUGGGCUGCGAGCCUCUGUCCACGUGAAGCUGAAGGUGCUGCCCAGCUGGAAGAGCCUGCGGCAGGCAGCCUCUCAGACGGCGGUCGAGCCACGCCGGCCCUUGGCUGCGGAACUGCGGGAGUGCCCGCAGGUGAUUCUGGGCCUCCUUGGGACGAUGUGAGCUGUGAACCAUCUCCAGGGGAUGCUGCUCUGGAGGGGCAUAAUAUGGAGGAGAGAAGGGAGCCUCCCGCGGGUGGCCAGUUCAAUGGCUCCUGGCCAGAGGACUCUGAAAGCAGCCUCCUUGGAGGCACAAGCAGGAAGGAGGGGCACGAAGGCCGCAAUCCUGUCGUGCCGGGCCGCUGCUCUGCAGCAAAAGCUGUCUCUGCAAGCUCCGCUGAUCUGGCCCUGGAGAGCACCGUGAGGGACAGCCCCGAGGCUUCCGGCUCUCCUGCACAGGAGCAUCUUCCAGAGGACUCCGGUCCUGCUGGGAUGGCGCUUCCGACAGCCCGGCCUCAGACGGCCAGGCCCUGGCAUGGAAAAGGGGCACCGAGUACUCCAGAGGAAGCUUCUCAUUCCAAAGCAGUUUUGCGUGCUCCGUGCUUAAAUGGAACCAUGAGGGUCUACGAGAGCCGCUUUCCCCCACCAGAGGCACCGUUGGGGGCAGAAGUAGAGGCAGGCAAAGAGCAGGCAGACGAGGGAGCCGGGCCGAGUGUCUGCCCCUUCAGUGAUGAGGAAGCCCAGAGCCCACUGAGUGAGACGACAGAGACUGCCUCGGACUUGGAAGCUGAGCUCACAGAUGAGAACCCGGAAUUGAACCGGGAUUGCAGCAGAGCAGAAGGGAGAGAAGUUGCAUCUGGCCAGAGGCAUCUGAAAGAACGCAAGGAGGUCAAAUUUGAAAGCAGGGAAGAUUUGCCUUCAGACGUAGAGGCUGCCAGCUCACAAUGCGGGAAAACACUGCCCGCCCCUCUCCUAACGGCAGGCAAAUCGAUUUUCCCUGCUGAUGUCGAAAGCCAGGAAGGGCCACGCGUGGGGACCCCCCAGCCUCUGUCUGUUGAAGCGAGCGACCCUCUUGUGGUGCAGGGGGUUGCGCAGAGCGCACCUCCCUGGAGAGUUCCUCCGGGGUCUCCCUGUAGUGCCAAGGCCGGGGCUGCGGCCUCUUCUCUGCACAAGCCCCUGGCAGACGCUUGCUCUUUUCCCGUGGGGGCUAAGAGCAGGGAGCGCCUUGUGCAGGAGGCCUCUUGUGAGGAGGGGCCGAGCAUGAGUGACACAACCCAGAAGGGUGCUUGUGCAUCGCAGCCUUUGCAGGACUCUGCUGAAGGGCCAUGCAUACUGGAGGCGGCCUCCCUGCCUCCAGAGAAAAAUCCCGAGCUGCAUCCCGAUUCAGGCUCCCCGGAUCAAGCAGCCAGCCAGUCCCAGAAAGUGGAUCAGAACAAAUUCCCUCCCAGUAUUGGUCAAGAUAAAACAGAUUCUCCCUGCGCAGGAUCUGCUGCUGGUGGGAGCCUGGAAGAGAAGCUCAAAACGGCCCCGGGGCCCCGGCUCCCCCUCAUCAGGACCCCUCUGGGGCCAGAGCGGCCGAGGAGUGAUCCUGGGGAGAAGCCCCCCGGAGCCCUGGGCAGGAAGGUCUUCGGGUCCGGCUUCUCUGGCGGGGCGGCAGCGAAGGCCCAGAGCCCACAAGCGCUGGAACCCUUUCCCAUCUGGGGCAUGCUGUCGCACAGCAAGCUGGUCUCGCCCCCAUCCAAGUGCAUUGCCGCUGGGGCCAGCCUGCACCCCGCAAGGGAGGACUGGCCCCCCAAGCCCCCACGGGCCCCUGCAGGAGACAGGGAGGUGGAGAACAAGAAGGUCCUGGCCUGCUCUGGGUCCAGCCAGAGGAAGAUGGAGAAGCGGAAGGAGGCCCUGCCUGGCCCUGUAGGGUCGGUGGAGCCCCUGCAGACCCUCCCCCUGGCCAGGGACUUGCCUUUUUUCAGGCUGCCGAAGGAGCCAGGGAAGGUGGCUGCGCAGCCCCUGGAGCCCUCCUCCCUCCCCUCCCAGCUGAACAUCAAGCAGGCGUUUUAUGGGAAGCUUUCAAAGCUGCAGCUGAAUUCUGCCCAUCUUAAUUAUGCCUCCGGCGCACCCUUUUUUUCCAGAAGUCUCGAAGGAAACGUGCCUCCGUUUGGCCACAAAGCAAACUUGGCAACUUCCCGCGGCGGGCUGGCCUUCUCUGCCCAAAUGUUUGCCGACAACAGCAGCAUGGAAGAAAUCUCCCUCAAGUGUUCCUGCAGCCUUAAAGCCAUGAUCAUGUGCAAGGGCUGCGGAGCGUUUUGCCACGAUGACUGUAUUGGCCCCUCCAAGCUGUGUGUGCUGUGCCUUGUGGUGAGAUGAUGCUUGCAGCCCUGGGAGGAGAGAGCGUCGGGGGGUGGGGGGGAGGAAGCUGUAUGCAGAACACUCUGGCCCUGACAAAGGCCAUACUGAUGCUGAAUGCCUGGGCUUUCCUGCUAGGCUGGGCAGAUCAGGCACGGGGGCAGGCUGCUUUGUAGGGUCUGUUCUCGUGCACCCAGGAACUGUCCAGUAUUCGGCCCGCUUAGCGCCCCACCUGGAGCUGCCCUUGGGCUGUGAGCCCUGUUGGGGCAGGGCUUUCACUCUUGACCCCCUCCCGCAUGGCGGCCAAGUCGCGGAGGAGGCCUGACUGAACUGGGAUUCCGUCUUCCAUUUUCAAUUCCUGCUGCCCCCUCCCCGGCUGCCGGGUGAGUGCAGACAGGAAGCAGCCGCCUGGAGGCUUCGGAGCUGGGAUGCAGCGGGGGGGGGGGGGCGAGCAGCGUGCGCCCUUCCCUGCGCCCGGGAGAGGCGGGGGGGCUCGUGCUGUCUCUGUCCGAGCAGCCCAGCCGAGGGAGAGCGUGGACCAUUGGUGAAGGUUUGGCCGGAUACCAGGUUUUUACUUUCUAAGCGGUGUCAUCUUUUGUUUAAAAAAACGCAUACAUAUAUAAAUAUAAAUCUAUAAUAUAAUUUUUUUUUGUUCUUGGGUGUAAAAGAAGUGGAAAUGUUCAGCUCCUCUCUGUACCCUCUAUGCAUCUCUAGCAAUCAUGUGUUCAUACGUUGUACACAGUACUGGCCAAUUCUGUAAAUUGAUGUUAUGUACAUAAA